AUGGGCAAAUCAUGCACUUUAACGGUAUAUGCGGCAGAGCUUAAGGGAUUAGCCCUAGCACUGCAGAUAAUACUCGACACACCACCAGCAUACGAUCCUCUAAAUAAGCGCGCCUACACUCUGGUCGAGGCGGUACGAGCGCUUGACGAGGCCCGGAGCCAAGGUUGGGAAGUGCAGUUUCGAUGGAUCCCGGCUUAUAUCAGAGUGUCUGGUAACGAGGCUGCUGAUCAAGCUGCGAAAGAGGCUGCCGGGGUUGAUCCGAACGCAAGGGCGAACGCCGAACCGCUACUAGAACCGGACUCCCUGCGAACACUCACAGCAACUACCAAGUCUACCAUCCGCCGAGCUAUGAGAAACGAAUGGGACCAGGCGUGGGAGAAAUGCAAACACGGCAGAGAGCUCCUUAGGCUGGGAGUGCGACCGGGGAAAGCGAUCCUCGAUACACACGCCGGGACGGUACGACACAUCCUGCUCGACUGCCGGAACUGGGUGGAAGAACGACAACGAAUGUGGGCAGGCAAGUCUCCAUGCAUUGACAUCAAGCGCAUUCUCUGUAACCCGCCAAUGGCAGUACAAGCAGCCAAGAUGAUCUUGAGGACGGGACUGCUAGGACAAUUCCAGGCAGUACCGUCCACGGUACUCAAAUACACAUAG